CAACAGCAAGUAUGCCUGUCUAGAUUCAACCUGACAUUUGUACCUCAAGGUAAAAAAACAAGGUCGUAAAAAUGCCAGAUUUUCCACCUGAUACGUAAGUCUUUCUGAAUACUAUGGCACAAAAUGCUAUUAGCUAAUUAUUAUCUUAACAGGGUAGCUUUCAUAACCGGUAUGCAUUAUACCUCGUCUCUUGAGCAAAUAAAAAGCUCCUUCUAUAUCCAAAGGAUACCUAUUCAAGAUAUUAACAUUUCGAAGGCGCAGCAUCCGGUAUCGGUUUCGCCGUCGCUCGUCAACUAAUCCUCGAUGGAGUAACCAACCUUGCGCUCAUCGACCUCUCACCCGUCCCCUUAAUUUCAACCACCGAAAACCUUCUUUCCCUCCCCAAAAAGUCGACCAUUCUUACCCUCUCCUACGACGUCUCUGUAGAAGACGAAGUUGAUCGUGCAAUGUCUGAGACGAUCCAAAAAUUUGGACGCAUAGAUAUCUGUUUCAACGCAGCUGGAGUCUUGGGAAAGCGAACUGGAACAGCGGAUGCGGAAUCCGUUUCGCUAGACAAUGUUCUGGAUGUCAAUUUGAAGGGUUUGUGGUUUUGUGAACGCGCGGAACUGAGGCAAUUCUUGAAGCAGGAAGAGCGAGAUGUUUGGUAUGUUUAUAUGAUGUUCUUUUUUGCUGCGCUUUCUUUGCUCUUAUCAUCUGCUCUAUUCCUACACAUAUGGGUGUUUUAUGCAUACAUAUUAAAGACGCCACUACGGGCAACCGAGAAUCCUUCUCCAAGCAAUUAUCAGUUCAUUUUUGAUAUUUACCUCUCUUCUUAUCCCUGACCGAAGAAGAAAAGACCAUAUCACAUAUGGUUGAAAGAACUCCAUCCACGCACCCCAUCUACAAACCCAAAACAUUAUCCUAACACUCACUUCGAAACCCUAGCACUGGACUGCCCUUCAAAACUCGCGGUUCCAUCCUCAACGUUGGAUCGAUAGCUAGCCACCUCGGAUUACCUAAUUCAGCACCCUAUGCCAUGUCUAAACAUGGUAUGCAUAGCCCUCCUUUCCCCAUAGUGAACAACCCAGCAAACAACUAACCCCCAACAGGAGUCCUCGGCCUCACUCGCACAGACAGCACAAACUAUGCUAGCAAAGGUAUACGCAUAAACUGUAUCUGUCCCGGAUUUAUCCACACGCCCAUGGUAGCCACCUUCCUAGGAAACGAAGAUGAAGUAGGUAACUUCCGCUCCUCUACCUCUCUUCACCAUUCCUCUUCUUUAUAUCCCCCCCGGGCCACGCCCAUUCCUUCAACACCCCUCUCCACUCCCCACGAUAUCUAACACCCCACCCUAGAAAUCCGCCAUCCUCAACCGUAGUCCUGUCGUACGCCUAGGCCUCCCAGAAGAAGUAGCAUAUACAGCCGUCUUCCUCCUUUCUGAUCGCGCGAGUUUUAUAACCGGAGCUGGUAUUGAUGUUGAUGGUGGUUGGAGUAGUCAUUGAUUGAUUUCUUUGUGAACUUUCUCGUUGAGGCGUGGCAUUUAGUAUCUGGGUUUGCGCAUUCAACACGGAAACUUGGUGUAAGUGAGAACAUCUCGGAAUGGUUAAAAUGACGGGUCAUCGGCGAGCAAGGAGACAAUAAGAAUUUAAAGUAAGUUCUGCAGCUAAAACAAGCAAUAAGGUUCGCCAAUCAUGAAAGACUUUU